AUGCGCUUCUCCCACCUCCACCCAUCCUACCACCUAUCUCACCUCCUCGAUAACUACGACUUCGGCACCGGUGAAUGCACAAUCGUUGACAUCGGCGGCUCUCAUGGCGAGGUUAGCACAGAGAUUGCCUCCCGGUACCCCCAGAUCCGCUGUAUCGUCCAGGACCUUCCAGAGACGAUCGCGGACUGGACUACACGCGUGCCCACGUCCCUGCAGGAUCGAGUAACCUGUAUGGCGCAUGACUUCCUGACCCCUCAGCCUGUCCACGGAGCGGACGUUUACCUUCUGCGCUGGAUUCUGCAUGAUUGGUCAGACAAAUAUUGCGUGAGAAUUCUCAGAAAUUUGGUCCCGGCAUUGAAGAAGGGGGCUAGGGUGGUUGUUAAUGAUAUUUGUAUUCCCGAACCGGGGGAGCUGGGGCCUAAGGCGGACCGGGACUUGAGGUCAGACAUUCAUCCUACCGUGAGUGUUACAGAUCCUGUCUGCUAA